AUGAACGCCCUUCUCCUACGUAACCUGGGAGGCCUGCGUCGCAGCAGCAGUCUGCAGUCCUUCGCCGAAUAUCGGCAGGCGGAGGCGCAGAACCCACAAAUGAGCAGUGUAACUUCAGAAGGAGCACUGCUCGAGUAUGAAACUCUUGAGCUGCGUAUUCAUCCUCCAAAUGUGGUCAUUGAUAACGAUACGUACGAUGACAUGACUGUUAUCACCAUCGACAGCGCAAAUCGGCCGGGGACGCUAAUUGAGGUGGUGCAGUGCCUCACGGAGCUGGGUCUCAGCAUCCGUUGUGCACGGAUCUCCUCUGACGGAGGCUGGUUCGUGGACGAGUUCUUCGUGACCGAGACCCCCAAGGGCAAGUUGCUCGACCCGCGCAAGAUCAACAUCAUUCGCAAGGUGCUCAGUGUGGAAUCGGACAGCUCUGCCAGCUACAAGGACAAGGACAUCUGUACGGUGUUCGAGUUGGCGGGUCGGGACCGGCACGGGCUGCUGGCGGCGGUGUUGCAGCUGCUGGUGGUGAACGGAUGCGAGGUGCUGUCGGCGGCGGUGUGGACCUUCCAUGACCGCGUGGCGCUGGUGAUCAGCGCGACGGAGCGCGGCGCGCCCGUGGUGGAUCCAGUGAAACUGGAUCGACUGGAACAGAUUCUGUACGACAUGUUGGGCAGCGGCGACGCGGUGGUGAACAGCGAGCUGGUGCGCGGACAAGUCCACCACGAGCGGCGUCUUCACCACCUGCUGCUGCUAGAGGAGCUGAAGGCAUGGGAGCAGCAGUACGUGGCCACGUCGACCACACCCACGCACGCCUCCUCGAAACGAAGCACGCAAAACGGCACGUUGCACCUCUCGCCGUCGCCGCCGCCGCCGCCGCAGGCGGCGGCGGCGGUGCCUGACGGCGGCGGUGGCGCCACCGCUGGCGUCAUGUUCGCUCGCGCGUCUGUCGGCCUUCCCGCUUCCACUGGCCCCAGCGCACCCACCUCAGGCCUGCCGUCGCGCGCGCCAAGUCCCUCGCCGAUGCUGUACGGGCAUCACGGUGGUGGCGGCGGCGCCGCCGCUGGCGUCCCGGGCCUGCACGCGGAGCACUCCGGCAGCGUCGGCAUGCCAUCGGCCGUUCCUGGCUACACCCCUGCCGGCUUCCCGCAAGCGGACGAGGGCGGUGCGGCAUGUCCGCAAGCAGCUGCACUGGGGGCCGCCGCCGCCGCCGGUGACCAUCUCGCUGACGGGGCUGGCGGCGGCGGCCCGUUUUCGGCGGCGGCGCCGGCAGGACCAUUUGAUCUGCCGCCUGGCGCCAUGGCACGGUGCGCGUCGACGGACGGCCCGCUGCCGCUCAUGGUUUCGGAGCCCAUGAUUGACGUGGGCCUUGACCUGCCUGCUGCCGUACAACUUAAGGAUCAAGUCUCGGCGCAAUUGCUGGACCGGCGGCGCUCCACAACGGGGCCGCCAGCGGACGUGCUCGGCGCUGCGGCGGCGAUGGCGGCAGCGGUGCCCUCCUCGCCCGCUCUCUACGCCAGUACGAACGGUAGCACUACGACGACGGCGGCGCCGCCGCCGCCGCUGCCGUCAGGUCGAAGCAUGGAGCGCAGCGUCAGUUCCAAUGCACUGCAGGGCUCGACGGCGACGAGCGGCGGUGGAGCUCCUCCUGCCGCCGCCGCCACCGCCGCCGCCCCGCCACAUCGUACAAUCAGUGGUAAAACGAUGACGGUCACCGGCGAUGAGGUGGUGACGGGGCAGCCGGCGUUAGCGCCGGCGCCGACGGCGACUGUGGCGACUGUCGGCGGCACCGACGGCGCCGCGCAUGAUCAAUUGGCGCAGCUGCGGCGGAGCGAAGUGCGCAUUCAGCAUUCGGCGCUGCUGAACUAUUGGCUAGUCACCAUUCAAUGCCGGGAUCGGAACAAGCUCUUUUUCGACACGGUGUGCACAUUGGCCGACAUGAAUUACGACAUCUACCACGCUACUAUUGACUCGGAGGGAGAUGCCGCCAGCCAGCUCUUCUACGUACGACCCCGGUACGGCGAGUGUAUCUGGGACGAGCGCCGCGCCGCCAAGCUGCGGUACAUGUUGGAGAGUGCCGUACAGCGUCGCUUCCCCCGUGGCACCAAGGUUUGUGUCCAGAGCUCCGACAGGUCGGCUUUGGUGAACCUGUUCUCGGCGUUGAGCAGCGCUGGGUUCUGGAUUACUCGCUUAGUGGGGCGUGUCAACGUGUCGGCCGGGGGUGCUUUGCCUCUUGCGUCGGCACCGUCAUCAACAGUAUCACCACCACCACCACCACCAGUGUCAACAGCACUGCAGUAG